UCUACGAAACAUUUUCCGUCCAAUUUCAUAAACUAAUUCAUAACUACCUCCGCCACUGUCAACCACCGUCGUUUUCUUUUCCGAUGACAUCUUCACUGUCCAAUUCCGCCGUUUUCCACCACCCAUUUCUCACCUCAAAAAACCCAUUUUCCCACCGUCAAAAUUCUUUCAAUUUCGUCACAAAAUCAACCCCAAACGACCCACUAAAACUUUCCGACGACCCAUCACCGCCGGCGCCGGAAAAACGGUCAAUAGGGGUUGCUACCGGCGAACUUUUUCUGGGUAUUGCUUCAAGGUUGAUAAAAAGAAGUACUUUGAAAGAAAACGGGACGGAAAUUAAGGAAAAUGAUAAUGUUGUGUUUUUUGAAGAAUUGAAUAGUACUAAUAAUAAUAAUGGGAAUAAGAAAAAGAAAGAAAAUUUAUUUGGGUUCUGGAGUAGGAAAAAAGAGGAGGAGAUUGCGGCGGUGGUUGACGACGGAGAUGUGGUGUGGGAACAAAGGUUGAAAGAUGUGGAAGCUGAGAGGGAGAGAGUGGUUGUUACGAGCCCCGGGUUUAGUUUUUCGGCGGCCGGGUUGUUGUUUCCUUAUCAUCUUGGUGUUGCCAAGUGUUUAAUUGAAAAAGGUUAUAUUAAGGAUACGACGCCCUUAGCUGGUUCAUCAGCCGGUGCCAUCGUAUGUGCAGUGGUUGCAUCGGGUGCAAGUAUGGAGGAGGCCUUAGAAGCUACAAAAGUUUUAGCAGAAGAUUGUCGAAGUAGAGGGACUGCAUUUCGUCUUGGGGCAGUUCUCAGAGAGGUUCUUGAACAGUUUCUACCGGAAGACGCCCAUAUAAGGUCUAAUGGGAGGGUUCGAGUUGCUGUAACACAAAUUCUUUGGAGACCUAGAGGUUUACUUGUUGAUCAGUUUGAUUCUAGGGAGGAUCUCAUCAAUGCAGUAAUUACUUCUUCAUUUAUUCCAGGUUAUCUUGCGCCAAGACCAGCAAUCCUAUUCCGAAACCGACUUUGUGUAGACGGUGGUCUGACUUUGUUUAUGCCACCAACAUCCGCUGCUAAAACGAUUCGUGUCUGUGCUUUUCCUGCCAGUCGUUUAGGAUUGGAAGACAUUGGGAUCAGCCCCGACUGUAAUCCAGAAAAUAGGGCAAGCCCAAGAGAGCUUUUUAAUUGGGCAUUGGAGCCAGCAGCCGAUUCAGUGCUUGAUAACCUAUUUGAGCUUGGAUACAUGGAUGCAGCUGUCUGGGCUGCACUAAACCCAGUGGAAGAUUUGGUUCAGGAAGGCAGCCCGUUGGUUACAUCAUGAUUUGGACUUCUGAGUCUUGUAAGCCAACAUCACCUUCGAGCUAUGGAUAUUUGAUUGCUUAAGGACCAGAUCAAGGUUAUAGAUAUGUCUACACAUCAUAUUUGAUGUCCCAUCUUCAAUGCUCUCCACGUAUAGAAAAACAUAGUUUUCGACAUCUUCAGUUAAUGUACUUGACACUUCAUUAUGAUCUACAUACUCACAAAAAUGCAGAAACAAACAUUUGAUGAACGGAAGUCAGCAAACUGGGCAUCCCAAUUUUAAAUGUUUGUGCUGCAUUUUUGCAAGUAUGUUGGAUUUGUAGAAGUCAUGUGUCAAAUACAAUGGUUUGAAAUACCAUUACUGACUAGAAAUAUGAUUAAAUGGUAUUGCUAGAUAUUGAUUGUUUCCUUUUUGUUGUAUGUAAUAGUGAUGAAGUGUAAAUAAGGAAGUAGGAUCACUGAGUAAGUGAUGAUAGUUACAAUUAAGUGAUGAGUUACUUUUGAUA